UGUUCAAUGACGUAAAACUGAUGUGAAUCCACGCUUUUUUGCAGUGCAUGAUUUGUUUUGUGGAAGCUGUGUAGCUCACAAAUUUGGGCUAGCUGAGAAGACGGACGUUGACCAUUUUGUCUGCUUCCGUGUUUUAGGUUGUUGCAGCAAAACACGUGUUGACCGGCAGCGAACUAUGAAGAUGAGCAAGCGACCAAACAUUCUUUUAACAGGAACCCCAGGUGUCGGAAAGACUACUUUAGGCAAGGAGCUGGCCCAGAGGACAGGCCUGACCUAUAUUAACAUAGGAGACCUGGCCCAGGAAGGGCAACUUUAUGAUGGCUUUGAUGAAGAGUACCAGUGCCCAAUCUUGGAUGAAGACAGGGUGGUGGAUGAGCUGGAUCAAAAGAUGGUUGAAGGUGGUGUAAUUGUCGACUAUCAUGGCUGUGACCUGUUCCCCGAACGCUGGUUCCAUAUCGUCUUUGUCCUGCGUACUGACAACACCCAGCUGUACACACGGUUAGAGAGCAGAGGUUACACAGGAAAGAAGCUCCAGGACAAUGUGCAGUGUGAAAUCUUCCAGACUAUCUUUGAGGAAGCCAUGGAGGCAUAUAGUGAGGAGAUUGUCCACCAGCUGCCCAGCAACACUCCUGAGGACCUGGAGCAAAACUUGGAGCAGAUAGUGCAGUGGACUGAGCAGUGGAUGAAGGACCAUAACUAGAAGCCGAACUCUGUCUUCUGGCCUUCAUGGGCAGGACUGUCAGUGAAGUUAUUUGGGUAAUUUGGGCUGCUCUUAUACAAAGAUCCAGCCCUAUGCUCAUCUACCUUAACUGACAUUUUGGGCUCAUGAGACCUGAUUGUGUUCUGCCACAGUGGUCUAAAAUGUAAAACUGUUCGAUGAAGUGUUAUAAAUUUCAGUAUUUUAUCUAAAAAAAAAAAAUUCUACCCUUCUGUAAACUAUUGCAGUCAAUGAGUAAAAAGGGCAUCUUCAAACAUCCAAAAUCUCACCUGAGGAGUGGUCAGUGUGACAUGACUUCAUGAUGAAAAAGAUGAUUUUGGUUCAGUCAGUUCUGCUGAUGGACCUUCAAUUUCUUAUUUGUCUAACUCCUCCAUCCUCACUAUUGCCAGUCCUGACUUGCAGCUGCAUAGCAAUUAUGUUUAAAAAGAAAUUCUACCUAGUUUUGCAUUUAUUUUUGUAGAUUUUGCCAUUAUGAAAACUGGUGAUUUGUUCACAAUAUAAUUACUUUUAGUGACCCAUUUUACAUUCCUCUAGUUUUUCAUUGCAUGACUUGACUGCUGGGAAACCAUAUUCUCUUCUUCUUAUAUUGGAGAUAGAUUUAUUUAUAGAUAACUUCUCUAAAUAUUAUAAACAGGGGUGCGCAUAGCUGGUACAUAGGUACACAUGCGUGACAAAAAUAAGGAAUGCGUAAUGUCACUUGUGUUACUAUCUGAGAAAGUGGUGUUGAUAACGUUACGGUCAAGUACACAAGGCGGUAGUAAUACAAGUGACAUUGCACCCCGCUUAUAAAUAGUUUAUAACAUAAUAGGAAAUAAAAACAGUAUGCUAAACAUUGGGCAAAAAAUGUGAUUGAAUGAUGGGAAGUAAAAUGAGCUGACUGUGAUUUGAAAAAUAAAUUUAAAAGGGGACAUUGAUUCAACUAAGCAGAUCUCAAGCAAGUGAGCAACAUGUCUAGGCAGUGUAGGGGGUAGACAGGUGUGAUGUGAUCCCAUCGCUUAGCUGUAGUCAAAAAUGAGCAGCUGAGGUUUUAGUUCUGCUUUCCAAGGUCUUUGAUUGAGGCAAGCAAAAAGAGCCCUGCAGCAAUAAAGACUGGGAUGAGAUAAAGCCAUGUCUUACAGUUUUGCUCUCUUUAAAAAUUAAAAUGUUUCAAAUCUUUACAUGUUUCAAACUGGUUAAUAAAGCAAGAUCGUAAUUAUGAAUACCAUUUAAUGUCAUGAAUAUCUCUGCUGAUUAAAUCAUAUAUUAAGGAUAAGUAGCAUUAGGAUUGUUAGGACAGAAAACACUGUGGGUACAUCUCACUUCCUUUAUUUGAUAUUUCCUGGCUCCUCAAUCCUCACUUCAGUGGGAAGUAUUUUUAAUUCACCAUCUUGUACACCAUUUCAAAGCUCUUAUUUUGGUGAGGGAAAUGUCAGCGCAAUAUAAGGGAAUUGGUAUGUACCUUGUAUCAGGAGUUUUUUAAGGGCGAGAGAGAUAACCACUUGCUGUCAAAUAUGACUAGUUCCUGGAGGAGCAGUGGGAAGGCACCGAGGAAAAUAUCCUUAUUUGGUCACCCUGGUGCACUACUACAUAUGUGUAAAGCCUGUCAAACCUAACCGCCUAGCUUACAGGCCGACAAUAGUAUAAGUUCUACUAACUCAAGCCCAAAUUCCAUACUGCACACUAACUGUGCACUUACUACCUUCAAAUCUUUACCUUUUCUGCAGAAGGUAUGCAUUAAAUAUUUAUACUAUGUUAUAACAGGAAAUUAUGCAAUGCAUGUGCUAUCAAAGACAAACCAAAUGCCACCACCAAUAAAAUCACAAUUCCUUUGUUUAUCUCCAAGGGGAAAAUCAUGGCCUUAAACCUUUUGUUAGUCACAAAGAAUUACUUUCCCCAUCACUAGAUUACCUGGACAAAGCAAGCAGUUGUCCUAGUCCCCAUUUGUCAUAUAAUGUGUCUCAAAUUGUAUGCUGUAUAUUGCUACAUUAAUCUGUGUAACCCCCAAGAUUUUUUACCACUUCAAUUUUGAAUUGAUUUUGUUUGGACAUGCUGAUGUGGUGAGGUAUUAUGUUAUCUCGCUUCUGGUUGUUGUAUGUUACUGGUAGCUUACUAAUGGGUGACUGUUGGGUCUCUGUAUAUUAAAGAGUAUGGUCUAGA